AAUCUUGAAAAUCCGAACAAUAUUUAUGUAACAACCUAUAACGAUGUUUUCCAAGGAUUAAUUCAUAAUCCAUUUGCUAAUUUUCUCCCAUUGGAACGUAUACCUUUUUGGGUAAAUCGAGCUUUUAAAACAAUUGAGAAAUUGGAUAAUUUGUUUGAUGAAAUUAUUAAAAAGAAACAUAAAACUAUUGCUGCUGGAGAAUCUAAUGGUGACCUUUUGGAACUUAUGAUAAGAGCUUAUGAAGAUCAAAAUAAUCCGACUUUAUCAGAUAUCGAAUUAAGAGAUGUCCAACAAAAAGCUAGGGAGGAAGUUACAAAAAUUAUUGGAGACUCUUUAGCUCCGUCAUCUGAACAACUGAAAUCAUUAAAAUAUUUAAAUACGGUCGUUUACGAAAACCUUAGGAUGUAUCCAUCGGUUCCAGUCUUUGCAUUCCGUAAAUUAACUGAAGAUUUAAAAUGCAAAAAUCAUGUGAUUCCAGCUGGCACAACUAUUGGGAUAUAUACUUACGGAUUACAUCAUUCACCAAAGCUUUGGAAAAAUCCAGAAAAAUUUAUACCGGAAAGAUUUGAGAAUGAAUAUCCAGAAAAUUUAGGAUUUUAUGUACGUAAAUAUGAAAUAUCAUUGGCUCCUAAUAGUAUACAUAAAGACGGAUUAAAACUUAAGAGAAUGACUGAAGCAUUUCCAAUUGACCUUGUAUUUAAAAGAAGAAAUGAAUAA